AUGAUUUGUCAAUACAAGUCAUUCACAUUUGUUCUUUCUAUAGAGUUGAUCAUGGCCAUUGCGGUUAUCGGAGGAACGGCAUUAUUGAAAAGCAACUUGUUUGCUCAUUUCCAACCAAAGCAAAUAGAAACCAAGUUUGGAAAAGUUAUCUUAUAUGUGGAUGAACAACAUAACUGCUUCUUUUUGCAGAGACAUCACGCUGAUGUGUCCCUUCAAGGGGCCUACAGUCUACCUCACCUCAUCAACCACCGUGCCAACCUGGUUGCCUUGUCACAAUGCAAAGUUCAAUCCAUUAUUGCUAUUUGCUCCGUAGGAAGUUUGAAGCCUACCCUUGCUCCUGGUACUAUCGUCGUGCCCAACGACUUUGUUGCUCUAUUCUCUCCUCCCAUCAGUGUAUUUGAUGACAAUCAAAGUCAUAUAGUGCCUGCAAUUCAUCCAAAUUGGAGAGAGAAUAUCAUUUCAGUAUUGCAACAACAACAAGGAGUAAAGAUUUCAACUAGAGGAGUAUAUGUUCAAACACAAGGACCUCGUUUUGAAACUGCUACCGAAUCCUUAUUUCUCAGCCAACUCGGAGACGUGGUCGGUAUGACUGCAGCAACAGAAGCCGUAUUAGCGAGUGAAUUGGGAAUACCUUAUGCUAUGGUAUGUUCGGUGGAUAACUAUGCCAAUGGAAUAGCCUCGCAGACCCUUUCUACACAAGAUUUUCAAUCAAGUGUAAUACAACAUCAAAAACAUGUGGAAGAAAUAGUUAGUUAUUUGGUCGAUUAUUUCGUAGGUUCAUCUUCUCGCAAUCCAUCUGCACUUGUAUCACCCGUUACUUUGGAUACUAGAGAACUUGUAGAUGUUAUCAUUCAUGCGCAAUGGAUCAUAACAAUGGAUGACCAAAGUGCUCUCGUAUUGCCAAGUAUGAAGAAAAAUAAUCAUUCUAUGGAAUGCUAUUUAAAGGACCAUUCUCUUGUCAUACAUAAUGGAAUCAUUCAGCAUAUCUUGCCUUUUGAAAUAGCUCAAAAGAGCUAUCAAGCAAAAGAACAAGAAUAUCUAGACAAUCAUUGUCUAUUGCCAGGAUUCAUCAAUGCUCAUAGUCAUGCAGGGUUGGCUUUCUUUCGUGGAAUGAAAGAAGAACAAAAUUUGAAUAAAUGGCUAAGAGAAACUAUUUGGCCUAUGGAAGAUGCCUAUUUACCAAUCUAUUUGAGAGAUGCUACUUUUUUGGCUGUUGCUGAAAUGAUUAGAAGUGGUAUUACUUGUUUCAAUGAUAUGUAUUGGAUUCCAAGAAAUACUUGUGAAGUAGCAACACAAGUUGGCAUCCGUGCUAUGGUAGGAAUAGUUGCGAUAGAAUUUCAAAAAGAGUGCAACAGCACUUUGGAAUAUAUAGACAAAGGACAAGAUGUUUGGCAAGAAUUUCAACAUUGCGAUAUUUUGCAUUUUUGUUAUGCACCGCAUGCACCUUAUACAGUGAAUGAUCAAACUUGGCAAGUGAUCAUCCAAAGGAGCUUAUCUAAUGGUCUACCCAUUCAUACGCACCUUCAUGAAACCAAUGAAGAAUGUGAUGCAUCGAUGAAUUUGGAUCGGCAAUCCUCUGUUUGUCACUUGUCUGAAAGUCCUGAAAGACCUUUAUCUAAUUUGAAGAAACUGGGUCUGUUGAACUGUCAUGUCAUUGCGGCACAUAUGGUAGAAGUGAAUAGAGAAGAAUUAGAAUGGCUUGCUACUUGUAAGCAGUUUCAUGUAGUGCAUUGUCCUACAUCUAAUAUGAAAUUGGGUUGUGGAUUUUGUCCUAUUGAAAGAUUAUUGGAUGCUGGAAUCAACGUGGCAUUAGGAACGGAUAGUUGUGGAAGUAAUAAUUCGUUGGAUAUGCUACAAGAGAUAAAGACCGCAGCUUUGUUAUCCAAAGGACGAACCAAAGACUCAACAAGCGUUCCUGCAUAUGAAGCGCUAUCUAUGGCAACGAGUCGUGCAGCUCGAGCCCUAGGUUUAGAAGAUAGAAUAGGAAGUCUUACUCGUGGAAAGGCAGCCGAUGUUAUUGCAAUAGAUCUUAAGAGCUUUGUCGAAACAAGUCCAGUAUACAAUCCGAUGUCUUCUAUUGUUUAUUCAGCCAAGCGAGAACAAGUAACUGAUGUUUGGGUACAAGGAAGAAGGCUAUUGAAAAAUCGAAGUUUGACCACUCUGUCCUUGGAAAAAGUCUUGAAACAUGUCGACAGGUGGCAAGAGUUUCUUGCCAGUCAGUCAAGUGUCGAGAAAGUUGGCAACCAUAAGUAACUCCACUGCCAUUUCUGGAGGAAAUUCAAAAGGAGGCAAGUUUCCUUCCGUUUGUUCGUACAUAAUAUGAUAAUAAAAGUAUUCACAAACUU